UGGGUCCUUAAAAUUAACCUCAAGUAGUCUUGACUCAUAAUUCAUGAAUCUUUGUCAUGCUUGGAAGUAACUUUUCCCUUGAAGAAAACUUGAAAAAUUUAAGAUUUGUUUUUUUGGGUCUAAAGGAAAAUUUAGGAUAAAAUGUAGAUCUAACUCAUGUGAUUAUUCAACUUUGUGGGUGUUCCACAGCCAUGUACAGUGCCCAAAGGAGCUUUUAACAAUAAAGUAUUGAAUCAACUAGGUAAGGUGCUAGGCCAUGACCUUAAGAGAAAUUACAUGAUGCAUCCCAAAAAUAUAGGUAUUUAUAGACUUCACAACCAUUAUAUUCUCUUAAAUUCAUUGCUCAGCAUUUUAACAGCCCUCUUAACUAGUAUAUCACUCCUCUUGUAGAUGGUGAAAUCAAAAGCGUAACAGCAGUAGGCUUCCAAUUCUGCAUCUAUCUUUACAUCACCCCCCAUCAAUCAACCAGUCCUUAUUCCAAUUACUUUUAGUCAAAACCUCAAAAUACCUAAUUAAUGGAAUUUCUAACAGAAUUCAAAUUCUGUUCUUUACAUCAAAGCAGCAUGAAAAUGGAUAGAUUUCUGAUAAUCAGUAGAAGAGUAAAGGCAAAUGAUUCUCAUCUGGAGGUCACAAGUUUGGGUCAUGAAAACAGUUUCUCUACCCCUGUGUACAUCUAACUCUCCCCAGAUCACGCAAUGGCGGGAGCCUCAUGCAUUGGGUACGCCCUUAGUAAAGGCAAAUGAUUCUUAAGGAGUUUCUUGAACCACAUAAAAAAUGAAAUAAAAAAGAACUUGAUCAUUAUUAAUCACUUAAGUUGACUAUCAGUAACAUGAGAGGAAGAAGAAGAAACAAUGUAUCAGUAGUAAGAACACAUUCUCUCCAUGUUUAAUGUCGGAGACACUACUAAUAAGUCCAAAGUUCACAGUCAUUACUUGCAUAUUAACAGCUGUUGCAGAACCCAAGAUCUCACGAGUCCUCCCAAAAUAACUAAUCCCUGCAUGAGAUAAUAUUUGUUUUAUAUGAGUACAAACUAAUCAACCAAUCUUCUCUCCACUACUUUUCAUAUAACUCACACUAUCCCCUACCCUACCCUACCCUACCUAACCCACCUUCUCUCUUGCUGUUUCUGAGAGCGAAAAAUGGUGGAAAACUGAGAUUAGCCAAGAACAAUGAAGAAGAUCAGCAAUAUGAAAUUUCUGUUCUUCUUCUUCUUCUACUACUGUUGCAUUGGUUGUUACUCUUUGGUGUUGAAUGAUGAAGUAUCGAUUUUACUAUCGAUAAAAGAAAAACUCAUCGACCCAUUGGAUCGGCUCGGAGAUUGGAAAAUGCCAAACAAUGGAGUGGUGAACAGUUCAGUUCACUGUAGUUGGACUGGAGUACAGUGCAACUCCAAUGGUGCUGUGGAGAAGCUUGAUCUCUCCCACAUGAAUCUCAGUGGCAGUGUAUCGAAUGACGUCCAAUUGCUACAAAGCCUUUCUUCUCUCAACUUGUGCUGCAAUGAGUUUUCAUCACCAUUGCCAAAUUCUAUAUCCAAUCUCACUGCAUUGAAAAGCAUUGAUGUGAGCCAGAAUUUCUUUGUCAAUGGCUUUCCACUAGGUCUUGGAAGUGUGGCUGGUUUGACAACAUUGAACGCUUCGAGCAAUAACUUCUCAGGUUCUCUUCCUGAGGACCUUGGAAAUGCAACAUUUCUGGAAAGCCUAGAUCUCAGGGGAAACUUUUUUGAAGGUUCGAUCCCAUUGUAUUUCAAGAACUUGGGAAAAUUGAAGUUUCUUGGCCUUUCAGGAAACAACCUUACAGGUCAUAUACCGCACGAGCUAGGCGAACUUUCAUCAUUGGAGACUAUAGUCCUUGGGUACAAUGAAUUCGAAGGUCAAAUUCCAGCUGAGAUUGGAAAUCUCACCAAUCUCAAGUAUCUUGACUUGGCAGUUGGCAAUCUUGGUGGCUCAAUUCCAGCAGAACUGGGGAGGUUAUGGUUACUGAAUACAGUCUUCUUAUACAAGAACAAUUUUGAAGGGAAGAUCCCACCAGAAAUUGGCAACAUAGCUUCAUUACAGCUGCUUGAUCUCUCAGAUAACAUGUUAUCAGGAGAGAUUCCAGCUGCGAUAGCUGACCUGAAGAAUUUGCAGUUAUUGAAUCUAAUGUGCAAUCAAUUGUCAGGUUCAGUUCCUUCUGGACUUGGAGGGUUGACUCAAUUAGUCGUCCUUGAGCUAUGGAACAAUUCCUUGUCAGGCCCUUUGCCAAGUGACCUUGGUCAUAAUUCACCACUACAGUGGUUGGACAUAUCGACUAAUUCAUUCUCUGGUCCAAUUCCAGUAAACUUGUGCAAUGGAGGUAACCUCACUAAGCUCAUUCUUUUCAAUAAUGCUUUCUCUGGUCCGAUUCCUACUGCUUUAACGACAUGUAUGUCCCUAGUUCGUGUCCGCAUGCAAAAUAAUCUUCUUUCUGGUACAAUCCCAGUUGGCUUUAGCAAACCUGUGAAGCUUCAAAGGCUGGAACUGGCUAACAAUAAUCUGACUGGCCAAAUCCCAAAUGACAUUGCUCUUUCUACAUCUCUUUCUUUCAUUGAUUUCUCACAAAACCACCUUCAAUCUUCUCUCCCUUCCUCCAUUCUUUCCAUUCCAAAUCUUCAAAACUUCAUGGCCUCAAAUAAUAACUUGGUAGGAGAGAUCCCGGACCAAUUCCAGGACUGUCCUUCACUUUCCGUCCUUGAUCUCUCCUCAAACCAUUUUACUGGAAGCAUUCCAGCAAGUAUUGCUUCAUGUGAGAAAUUGGUGAAUUUGAAUCUCCGAAGCAACCAAUUAACUGGACCAAUUCCAAGAGCGAUUGCAAUGAUGCCCACAUUAGCAAUUCUUGAUCUGUCAAAUAAUUCUCUCACUGGAGGGAUCCCUGAGAAUUUUGGGAACUCACCAGCCUUAGAAAUGCUCAAUGUUUCUUACAAUAGGCUCGAGGGUCCUGUGCCUGAAAAUGGCAUGCUCAGAACAAUUAACCCAGAUGAUCUGGGGGGAAAUGCCGGUCUCUGUGGUGGGGUGCUACCUCCAUGCUCCCAAAAUUCAGCAUACACAUCGAAGCAGAGGAGUGUGCAUGCGAAACACAUCAUUGCCGGAUGGAUCAUUGGAGUUUCGACGCUUCUAGCUCUUGUAAUAUCUGUGUUUGGGGCUCAAUCUCUAUACAAAAGGUGGUAUGCAAAUGGAAGUUGCUUUGAGGAAAGGUUCGAAAUGAGCAGUGGAGAGUGGCCUUGGAGAUUAAUGGCAUUCCAGAGGCUUUGUUUCACUAGCAAUGACAUUUUGGCUUGCACCAAGGAAUCAAAUGUGAUUGGAAUGGGAGCAACAGGGAUUGUGUAUAAGGCCGAGAUGGAACGGCUAAAUACAGUUGUGGCAGUAAAGAAACUCUGGAGAUCAGGAACUGAUAUUGAAAUGGGAAGCAAUGAUGAUCUUGUAGGGGAGGUAAAUCUCCUGGGGAGGUUGAGGCAUCGAAACAUUGUAAGGCUGAUUGGAUUUCUUCACAAUGACACCAAUGCAAUGAUAAUUUAUGAGUAUAUGCAGAAUGGCAGCCUAGGGGAAGCUUUACAUGGCAAACAAGCAGGGAGGUUGCUUGUGGACUGGGUUUCGCGAUACAACAUUGCGGUUGGAGUGGCGCAAGGACUUGCUUACCUCCACCAUGACUGUCGCCCACCUGUGAUACACCGGGAUGUCAAGUCAAAUAACAUACUGCUCGAUGCAAAUCUUGAAGCAAGGAUUGCUGAUUUUGGGUUGGCCAGGAUGAUGAUUAAGAAGAAUGAGACAGUUUCGAUGGUUGCUGGAUCUUAUGGAUACAUAGCCCCAGAAUACGGGUACACAUUGAAAGUUGAUGAGAAGAGUGAUAUUUACAGCUACGGGGUCGUUCUCAUGGAACUUCUAACUGGAAAACGGCCACUAGAUCCUGAAUUUGGAGAAUCUGUUGAUAUAGUUGAAUGGAUUCGAAUGAAGAUUAGAGACAACAAAGCUUUAGAAGAAGCAUUAGACCUGAGUGUCGGAGGGACCAAACACGUCCAAGAGGAGAUGCUUUUGGUCCUUCGGAUAGCACUUCUUUGUACAGCCAAGCUCCCUAAGGACAGACCUUCCAUGAGGGAUGUCAUAACGAUGCUUGGAGAAGCCAAGCCUCGGAGAAAAAGCAGCAGCAGCAGCAACAAUGGUGGGACUCCCACCAGCAAAGAUAAGCCAGUAUUUAGCACAUCACCUGUAAAUGGCCUGUGAAAACAAAAUUGUGUUCUUCUUGUGCCAUCAUUUUGCUUCAGUCUCGUUUUGUAUCUAAAAGUUCCUUGUUAUAAUUUGUUAAGUUAAAGUUGGUUGUGUCUAGACUAUGGGGGUCUAUGGGUUCUUUUUGCAAAUGAUGUUCCAUUCUUUUUAAAAAAUGAUAUAAGCAUUCUUAAUCAAGAACAUACAACUCCAUUGUACUUAGUAGUAGAAGAGUUGAGAUGUCUUUC